CAUACCAGAGCUAGUACACGGCGACGGGAACAACACCGAACUGAGUCGGCAACUGCCAUAUUAACGGCCGGCUGACUUUGAAACGUUUCCUCAAUUAUCAGCGGCUUCUGCAGGAAGGUUGUCGAAGCUAAUUUAUCGAUUGAUUUGGGGAGCUUUUCUCAAAACCCUAAUUAUUCGCUGACCUCUAAGUCUCACCACCAUGGGGAAGAAGCAGCACAGUAAAGAUCGAAUGUUCAUAACGAAGACUGAAUGGGCAACUGAGUGGGGCGGUGCUAAAUCCAAAGAAAUCCGAACUCCUUUCAAACGUUUACCCUUCUAUUGCUGCGCACUUACAUUUACUCCUUUCGAAGACCCUGUAUGCACCGAAGAUGGUAGUGUGUUUGAAGUCAUGAAUAUUGUACCAUAUAUUAGAAAAUAUGGAAAGCAUCCAGUUACAGGAGCUCCUCUAAAGCAAGAGCAACUCAUUCCACUCACAUUCCACAAGAACGCGGAAGGUGAAUUCCAAUGCCCGGUCUUGAACAAGGUUUUUACAGAAUUCACGCACAUAGUUGCUGUAAAGAAUACUGGCAACGUCUUUUGCUAUGAAGCAAUUAAGGAGUUAAACAUUAAAACAAAGAACUGGAAGGAACUUCUCACCGACGAACCAUUUACUAGAGAAGACCUGAUUACUAUUCAGAACCCCAAUGCAUUGGAUACUAAGGUGCUUGUGGAUUUUGAUCAUGUUAAAAAAAGUUUGAAGGUUGAUGAUGACGAACUCAAGAAGAUGCAGUCUGAACCUUCUUACAACAUAAAUGUUACUGGAGAUAUCAAGCAAAUGCUAAAAGAGCUUGGCACCGAGAAAGCAAAGGAGAUUGCGUUGACAGGCGGGGGCGGAAGCAAGGCACAGAAUGAAAGGGCAGCUGCACUUUUUGACAUUUUAGAAGCCAGAUCACGUAUCAAAAAAGACACCAAAUCAAGUGAAAAUGGUAAACAGGCUUUCAGUAUUGUAGAUGCGGCAUCUGCAUCAGUUCAUGGAAGAAGUGCUGCUGCUGCAAAGUCUGCUUCCAGUGACAAAGCUGCUGCACGGAUUGCUUUGCACAUGGCAGGCGAAAGGGCACCUGUAAAUGCUAAACUGGUUAAGAGUCGUUUCACCACGGGUGCAGCAUCACGAUCAUUCACUUCUACAAGUUAUGAUCCUGUCACUAAAAAUGAACACGAAUAUGUCAAAGUUGAGAAAACCCCCAAAAAGAAAGGUUAUGUUCGGCUGCAGACAACACAUGGUGAUUUGAACAUUGAGCUGCACUGUGAUUUAACACCAAGAACGUGUGAGAACUUCAUCACUUUGUGUGAACGUGGUUAUUAUAAUGGACUGGCUUUUCACAGAAGCAUUCGGAAUUUCAUGAUUCAAGGUGGUGAUCCUACGGGAACUGGACGAGGUGGUGAGUCUAUAUGGGGAAAGCCAUUCAAAGAUGAAGUGAAUUCCAAGUUGUUACACUCUGGAAGGGGUGUUGUUAGCAUGGCAAACUCUGGACCACAUUCAAACGGUUCUCAGUUUUUUAUCCUCUACAAGUCUGCAAAUCAUUUAAAUUACAAACACUCGGUUUUUGGUAUGGUUGUUGGGGGUUUGACGACCCUUUCAGCAAUGGAGAAGGUCCCUGUGGAUGACAAUGACCGACCUCUGGAAGAUAUCAAGAUUAUUGAUGUAGAAGUCUAUGUCAAUCCAUAUACAGAAUCUGAUGAUGAAGAAGAUGGAGAGCCAACGGAUGAUAACAAAAUUGAGGAUGAGGACAAUGAUAAGGUUGGGUCAUGGUAUAGCAAUCCUGGGACUGGAACAGACAGUCAAGCAAUUGGGGGUGGUGUUGGGAAAUACUUGAAGACAAGGAACGCUCAAUCUGAUUCUAAUACCACCCUCCCACCACCAAUUCCUUCUUCAAAGAAGAGAAAAGUUGGGGUCUCCACAGAGUUCAAAAAUUUUUCGGGUUGGUAACUAUUGUCCAAGAGUCCGUUCGGGAGAGAAUGGCUUGCUUAGACCAGUCUAUGUUCAGCCAAAAGAUUGGUUAACUCUUGGAAAAAUGUUGACUCCAAGUUGUAUUCACUACACAAUUUGUUUCCCAGCCUUGAUGCAUGUAAAAAAAUUAGAAUGAAUAUUGAUUCUUUCUUGCCCUGGUUGUACCACCAUAUAAAGCUGAUAGCUAAAGGAAAGCAGAAUGCAUGUUUAAUGUACGCCUUAUGCUGUUAUGCAUCCUGAGUCCUGUCUGACCUAUUCGAAGGGCCAAUCAAUUUCUUUAUCCUUUUAAUAAUCCUACAAAGUUUCAUCUUCCAGGAAGUGUAAUCAAGAGUGUCAGUAACCUAUGGUGAACUUUUCUCUUGAGUCUUGAAGCACAACAUAUACAUAUUACAUUAUUUG